AUGGAGUUGGGAAAAGGAAAGCUUCUGAGGACUGGACUAAAUGCAUUGCAUCAAGCUGUACACCCAAUUCAUGGUCUUGCCUGGACUGAUGGCAGUCAAGUAGUGCUGACUGAUUUACAGCUUCACAGCGGAGAGGUCAAGCUUGGGGACUCAAAGGUCAUUGGGCAGUUUGAGCGUGUCUAUGGGCUGUCUUGGGCCCCCCUUGGGACAGCUGGCACGCCCACUCUGCUUGCUGUCCAGCACAAAAAGCACGUCACUGUGUGGCAGCUAUGUCCCAACACUGCGGAGAUGAGCAAAAGGCUGAUGUCUCAGACCUGUGACAUUAGAGAGUUGCUCCCUGUCCUUCCCCAGGGCUGUGUGUGGCACCCAAAAAGUGCUGUCCUAACUGUGUUGACUGCACAGGCUGCCUCCGUUUUCCAUAAUGUUCACAGCGACAGCGUUCGGGUAAAAGCGGACAUCGACACUCAGGGCCACAUUCACUGUGCAUGUUGGACCCGGGAUGGCCAGAGGCUGGUGGUGGCAGUAGACAACAGCCUGCAUUCUUACAUUUGGGACAGUGCACUCAAGACUCUUCACAGGUGUUCUUUCUGUCCAGUGUUUGAUGUGGACAGCAACGUACGUGCCAUCGGAGCCACUGUGGACUCACAGAUAGCUAUAGCCACAGAGCUUCCACUAGAUAAAAUUUGUGGCUUAAAUGCAUCUGAAACCUUUGACGUUCUACCUAGUGACAAAGACUCUUAUCUGUGUUCUUUACCAGUUAGUAGUGCAGUGCCCUCUCUAGUUAAAGGGGCAAACGCUUCUGAAAUAGACUCUGAAAUACCAGUUUCCCCUUUUGAUUCUUCUUCCUCAGAUCCUCUGGAUCUAACUCACUUACGUGUCAAUAGGUCUGGAUCUGAGGUCAGUUCUCUUAUUUGUCUCAGAAAAAAGGACAACUUGACAGGAACUGGCCAGGAUUCUUCACAUUUGGUCCUUGUGACUUUUGGGAAAGAGGUUACCAUGACCAGAAAAGUGACCAUUCCAGGCAUUCUGGUUCCUGAUCUAAUAGCGUUUAAUCUUGAAGCACAGGUAGUGGCAGUGGCUUCUAGUACCUGUAACAUCAUCUUGAUCUAUUCUGUCAUUCCAUCCUCUAUGCCAAACAUUCAGCACAUUCAAUUAGAGAAUGAUGAAAGACCCAAAGGCAUCUAUUUCUUGACGGAUAAGCUGUUAUUAAUUUUGGUAGGAACACAAAAACCCGCGGAUUGGGCAUUUCUUUCUUCUUCCAAGUCUGACCAGUAUAUCAUUCACUUGGUCAUUAAAGAAGUAAUGCUGGAAGAAGCGUCCUCAGUGGCUUCAAAUGAAAGCCAGAGCAGCCACGCCACAUUCAGUGCUUUAUUAACUAAAGCACACAGAAGAAAACAAAUUGAAAGUCUUCAACCAGAUUUUUGCCACCAAAACAGAGAGCUCUUGUUACCAUCCAGUAUCAGUUAUCAAAGCGCAAGUACUGGAAGGACCCUUAUUAAAGAAAUCAAAAGUCAUCCUUCCAGUAUCUGUGAGUGCACCCUAGCCCUAGAAACUCUCAAUGCAGAACCUGUUAACCGGUCAGUAACAAAAGCCAGACCCAGCAGCCCAGCAGAGUCCUCACCAGUGCAGUUUGACAAUUCACCGGUGCCUCCUAAUUUGCCUCAGAGAAAGAAUUUACAAACGCAAAAGGAAGCUUGCAAGAUAGGUAAGAAACUGGAAGUCCUGUCUAGUCAUCUGACUGAAAUGCAGCGAUGUCUUUCUGAACUCACGAACUGCCUGCACAGUGAAAAGUCCCCUCCAGGAUAUCCACUCUCUCGGGACCCCCCUUAUGUUCACAUCAUUUAUCAGAAACCUUACUCUGGUGUUGAAAAAAGAGCUGUGCUUCUCUGUGAUGGCAAACUCAGACUCAGUGCGGUCCAGCAGACGUUUGAUGUCUCUCUCAUUGAAAUGCUGCAUGACUCCCUCUGGAUCCUUCUCUCUGCUGAUAGCGAAGGCUUCAUCCCACUAACUUUCACAACCACACAGGAAGUAAUCAUAAGAGAUGGCAACCUGUCCAGAUCAGAUGUCUUCAAAGACUCUUUUUCUCAAAGUCUGGAUCCUGGCCUUUCUCUUGAAAUCUUUAGUAGAGACCGUACUGCACAAAGUUUAGAUACUACGGGCUGUUCUAAUAAUUUGGGCACAAGAAUCAAGAGUUCACAGGAAGAUAAAAACCAAUCAACUUGCCAGGGACCAUCCAAGGCACAAAAUUUGGUAUCUAUUUACCUAGAACAAAAGCGGAAGAAGGAGAAUCAAGAAUCGAAGGAUUAUGUGGAAUAUGUGGCUAAUUCCCUCCAUGGACAGCUGCCUCCUUUGUCAUGA